UGUUUGUUCUUUAACGCUUUGUGAUCUCUCUGUCUCUCUCUCACUUACUCUCUCACACCAAAGCAUUCAGAAUCUUUGCCCCUCUACUUCCAGUUUCGGCUCUUCCUACGCUUUCUUCGGACCACUUUUCUUCUUCUUCUUCUUCUUCUUCCGCCACCUCAAGUCCUCUUUCCAAACCACAGAUCUCUCUCUUUGUCUCAAGCUUCAGAUCAGUCCCAAGCAGAUGGCAAUGCAGGAAGCAGCUCCUGUCUCGGCUCCUAGCGCCCAAGUCGUUGGCAAUGCGUUUGUGGAGCAAUAUUACCAUAUCGUUCACCAUUCUCCAGAAUUGGUGCAUCGAUUUUACCAGGAUUCGAGUUCGCUCAGCAGGCCAGAUAGUGAUGGCAUAAUGAAAACCGUGUCAAGCAUGCAGUCAAUAAAUGAGACAAUUCUGUCCUUGAAAUAUGAAGACUAUACAGUGGAAAUUAAAACUGCAGAUGCUCAGGAGUCACAUGAGAAAGGAGUGAUUGUUCUAGUGACUGGAUGUCUGACAGGAAAGGAUAACGUCAGAAAGAGAUUUACUCAAACGUUCUUUCUUGCUCCUCAAGACAAAGGAUAUUAUGUCUUAAACGAUGUAUUUAGGUAUGUUGAGGAGAAUGAAAUACCACAAGUCAUCUCUAUCCCAGUUAGUGGUGUCGAUGAAAGUGCUGCGGAAGGUGCAUUGGCAGCAGAACCAGAGCCUACUCAUGCUCCUGAUAGUCUUGUGGUGGAGGUGGAGCGUGCAACUCCAUUGGAGGAGGUUGUUAAUAACGUUCCUGAAGUUUGCAAUCCUUCAGAUAAUGAAAAUGGAUCUGUGACUGAAGAAGAGGUUCAACAACCUUCUACUAAUUCCAAUGAGAAUCAAAGCUUUCCAGGCGUUGAUUCAAUCCCGGAAGCCCUAGAGGAUGCUCCUAAGCAAUCAUAUGCAUCCAUUUUGAAGGUAACGAAGGCUAAUACAAAACCAACUUCUGUACAUGUUGCUAACCGGACUGUCAGAACAAUUACCACAAACACCGAUCAACAAUCUGUUGGUUCUACAAAACCUGCUUCCACAGUGGAGGCAUCUGCUCCUAGUGGCAAUGCUGCUCCUGAAGGUGAUAGUUUGCAUGAAGAAGCACCUGAAGGUCACUCCAUAUAUGUGCGGAAUUUGCCAUACGAUGCAACAGUUGAACAGCUGGAGGACGAGUUUAAAAAAUUUGGCCCUAUUAAACAUGAAGGGGUCCAAGUUCGAAGUAGUAAGCAAGGUUUUUGUUUCGGUUUUGUGGAAUUUGAAAAUCUGACUUCAAUGCAAACUGCCCUUGAGGCUUCACCCAUUACAAUUGGUGAUCGGCAAGCUGUUAUUGAAGAGAAAAGAACCACCACUCGAGUUAGUGGUAGUGCGAGAGGUAAGUAUUCUUCUGGAAGACCUGGGUUUCGGUCUGACAGUUUUAGGGGUCGUGGGAACUUCAGUGGUGGUCGUAAUUAUGGAAGAAAUGAAUUCAGAAACCAGGGUGAGUACUCAGGGAGAGGGCGAGGGUCGGCCGGGCGAAAUGGAGAUGGUUAUCAGCGUAACCAGAAUGGAAGAGGUGGGCGCCAAGGUGGGGGAAACCGCACUGCAGUUGCUACUACUUGAAACCUUGGUGGAAGAAAGGGGAUGGAUAGGCAUUUUUUGAAUACAAAUGAGGGUCAUUUAUUUUUUUUUCCUUUUUUACAUCCUUUUUUUUCUUUCCCCCCUCUGUUUGGAUAAAUGAGGGGUAGAUUAAGAUUUACAUUUUGUUUCCUACUGCAACUUUCAACUAUUGAUGUCAAGAUUACUAAGAUAUUAUGUUAUUUUUUCCCUGGCAUAUUUUAUAUAAGGCCUACUUGGCUUGGAGAAAAUGAGAUUAUGGAAUGUAUUCUUUCAUAAAAUAUGAUGUUUAGCCA